UUUUAAUGCAUCUUUUCUUACUCAACGAAAACGCACUACUCUCUCUCUCCAGAGAAGAACUAGUGGUGCAAAAGAGGUUACUGAUGAUGAAGAUAGCAGUGUUCUUGAUCGUAGGCAUGGUGUUGGUUGGGUGUGUAAAAUCAGAUGUCGAUAAAGAUAAAGGAGAGUGUCAAGAUCAAUUGAUCAAGUUAUCGACAUGUUUAUCAUAUGUUGGUGGUACAUCAAAGGCACCGACCCCAAGUUGUUGCACUGGUCUGGCUGAAGUACUUUCAACAACUAAGAAGUGUCUGUGUUUACUUGUCAAAGAUCGGGAUAACCCUGCACUAGGUCUUCAUAUUAAUUCUACUCGUGCCCUUGGUCUUCCUCGCUCUUGUAAUGUCCCUGCUAAUAUCUCUCACUGCCCUGCUCUUCUACAUUUGGCUCCCAACUCACCAGGAGCUAAAGUUUUCGAAGACUUCACCAGUAGUAGCGCCAACACGAAAACAAACUCUACUGGAAAUCUGCCUAGUCCAACUGCUGAUGCAGGUGCAAAAGAUGUGAAAAAGAACGGCGGCCACAAAAGCACCGGCAGUGUAUGGGUUGGGAUAAAGAUGUUGAGCAUGGUGAUGAUACUGGAUGUGCUACUAUUUGGUGUCUGAUGCACUCCACUAUCCCUCUUAGUAUUUUAUUUGGUAUAGACACAGCUAUCUCGGAUGCAGGGUUGUGUUCAAUCCAGCAUCCCAGUCUCGAUGUUCUAUUUUUACUUUUUUUUUUUUUUUACGAGUCUUAUUAUUAUCAGUAGUCUGCAACACUAGUUUCAUCUCUAUUAUUGUAAUAGAAGACAGUUUACAUUUCUGGCA